CCGGCACCAGCUGCAGAGUCUUCAUCUGGGAAGAGCUGCAACUGGUCAAGGGGAAGGGGCAUUUCCCCCACUGGACCAGCAUACAUUCCUUCUGAUCUUUGCCGCUUUCAUCUCGGACCCGCUUCAGAUCACCCUUAUCUUAAAGGCCAAAAAUGGAAAGUGUUCAGGAGCUGAUCCCUUUCGCCAAAGAAAUGAUUGCCCAGAAGCCAAAUGGGAAGAUGGUGAAGUUAUAUGUGCUGGGCAGCGUGCUGGCCUUUUUUGGAGUCAUGAUUGGCUUGGUGGAGACUGUAUGCAGCCCCUUCUAUGCCAGCAGAUGGCUUCAGGAGGAUGAGGAGGCAGUAGUAUUGGCUGCCAGGCUCCAGGAGUCCAGGAGAAGGGAAGCCCUGCUGGAGAAAAGCAAGCAACAAGAAGCUCUGGGGGGUCGGAGCCUCUCCCAUCGCCAACAUGCCUCCUAAAAUUAGAACAGAACCGAGAGAAGUAAACCUCCCCAAGAGUGGGAGGGAGAGAGCCCCAACUGAUGCUACAGGUGGUCCUGCACUUGAAUUUGGGAAGCUUCUGAUUUCUGAGGAAGAAAUAUAGGACUGUGGCAGAAAGGUUCUACAUACAUAUUUGGGGUAUAGGUUUUGCUGCUGUGCAGCAGUAGAGAAGGCUGAUCUGUCCUAAUAACCAUAUAUACCUUUGUGGUAUCAACACACUGCACUCUGGAGAAAGGAUGACAACAUGCUUUCAUACUAUCAUUAAUAUUAUUACAACUAUCAUUAUUUUGCAUUUUGAAAUAAAAUAAUUUUAUAAUA